AUGGUGCUAUCUAGAAUUAGUUUUAUCAGUUUGAUUUCCUUUAUCAACUUUGCUAGAGGUUCUCCAUUACCUGAAGCCGAUUCCCACCACAAGCACGACCAUGUUGAUAGACGUGGUGGUACUUGUGCCUUCCCUUCCGAGGAAGGUAUGGUGGCCGUUCAAACGAGCGGUACCAAUGCUGGCUGGGCUAUGCAUUACGACCAACAAUGUUCCUACGGUUCCUGGUGUCCAUAUGCAUGUAAGCCAGGUCAGUUGAUGGCCCAAUGGGACCCAGAGGUUACUUCUUACACAUACCCUGGCUCUCAAUAUGGUGGUUUAUACUGUGACGAUAAUGGUGUUUUACAAAAGCCAUUCCCUGAGAAAGAUUACUGUUACGACGGUAAAGGUACAUUCAUCGCCAAAAAUCAAGCUGGCAGCGACGUCGCUUUUUGUCAGACGGUUCUACCCGGUAACGAAGAAAUGCUGAUUCCAACCUUAGUUGGCAGCAACUCCGACUCCGUUCUUGCUGUCCCGGGUACAGAUUACUGGGCUUCCACUGCAUCUCAUUUCUACGUCAACCCACCAGGUGUCAGCGUCGACGAUGGUUGUAAGUGGGGCAGUACCGCUAACCCAUGGGGUAACUGGGCUCCUUAUGUUGCUGGUGCCAACAUGGAUGACAACCAGAACACUUUUGUCAAGAUCGGCUGGAAUCCUGUCUACUUGGAGGACACUUCUCCAUUCAAGAACGUCAAGCCUUCAUAUGGUGUGAGAAUCACUUGUGAUGACCCAUCCCAGUGUGAAGGUUUACCAUGUUCAAUCGACCCAAGUUCUCAAGAUAUCAAUGCUGUGAACUCCACACAAUCUGCCGAUGGCGCUGGAGGCGGUGCAUUCUGUGUCGUCACUGCCAAGAAUGGUGCUAAAGCAAACAUCGAAGUUUUCGAAGUUUAA